AUGGCCUCGCCGAAAGAUGCUUCUGUGCUGUCUACAUAUGGCUCGACAACUGCGCCAACGCCACAAAGCAGCUUCGCAGAGACCAUGGCCCCCUAUGUGGCUGAAUUCAUUGGAACCUACCUUCUCGUUUUUGCCAUAGCUAUUUGUGGCAUCGCGGAGAGUGUGGACUUUGGCGGGACUGCCACUGGGUCUUUGCUGGCAGUAUUGGUGUACAGCUUGGGACCUGUCUCCGGUGGCCACUUCAAUCCAGCAGUCUCUUUCGCUUGUGGUCUGACCCGAAAGAUGCCAUGGGCCCAAGUGAUUGCGUACAUUUUGCUGCAAGUCUCGGCUGGUGUUGUGGCUGGCAUCGCCUGCUAUGAGAUUUUCCAGCGGCCGCUUGGGGUGUCUCCGAUACCCCCGUUCGGUUUUUGGGAUGCCGCGUUCCUCGAAGCUCUCUACACAGGCAUGCUGUGUUUCGUGGUGCUUUGCGUGUCUACGUCCAAGAGCAACAACCCGGACCGCGACCAGAAUCACUACUUCGGCCUCGCAAUCGGCCUGGUGAUUGUUGCCGGCGGCCAGGCAUCGGGCGGGAUCUCAGGUGGAGUCUUCAACCCAGCAGUGUCGCUGGGCUUGGAGGUCGUGGGAGCUCGGGCUCCUGACACCGUUGCAGGGCCGUGGGGCAUGGCUUUUGCCGGGAUGCAACUCUUCGGUGCAACAAUGGCUGCAGCCAUGUUCGUUGCAGUGCGGAUCGGAGAGCUUCGCAAUGAAGCACCAUCCAGAGAGCAACUGGUGGAUGCAGGGGGCACACUACUGUCAAAGCUUCUGAGCGAGUUUCUAGGCACUUUCUUCCUUUGCAUCACCGUGGGAGUGAACCUGGUGAUGCGUUCAUCGGCAACGCCUUGGGCGGCUUUCGCAGCCCUUGCCAGCAUGAUCUACGCAGUGCAUGACAUCAGCGGCGGGCACUUGAACCCAGCGGUCACUGCUGCCGUGGUCUUCAGUGGGCGAGGGAAAUGCCCUGUUGGCCGAGGUGUGGCGUACAUUGCCGUACAGCUCCUUGCUGGAUCUCUGGCCGGUGCGAUCGUUGCGGCCUACCAGAGCGAGAGCACGCUCGUGAAAACAGAAAUCAGGUUGCAGCCGACGUUGCCAUACAGCUGGAUUGCAGUCUUUAUUGUAGAAACGGCCUUCACCUCAUUGAUUGCGUUCGUGGUGCUCAGUGUGGCAACUGCCAAGCACGCAGAUGUCGUGUCAACCCAGAACUUUCCGUUUGGCUUUGCCAUCGGAGCAUGUGUGUUGCUGGGUGGCUUCGCUUCAAGCUCUAUUUCCGGGGGCGUCUUGAACCCAGCCGUGACAUGGAGUAUUGCAACUGUGGACAGCGCCAUGUUCAACAACCUGCAGCUGUUGACCUACUGCUUGACUUACUGUCUGUUCCAAAUUGCCGGAGGGUUACUAGCUGCUGUUGUCUUCCGAGUCACGCAUGACUGGGAGUAUCGGAAGGAGACAAACAUGCGUCUCAAGCUGGCUUUUGCGCUAAGACUGCAAGAUGCAGAGGGCGAUUGGUGCCUUCGUGUGGGGCCUGGUGGCGUAGACCUCAACCGGAACUGGGAUGAGCAUUGGCAGGGGGAUGAAAGCUACGGCGGAGACACGAAUCCAGGUCGCUUGCCGUUCAGUGAGCCAGAGACGCAGCUUCUGAAGGAGUUGGCAGCUGAGUUGAAGAUGAUGACCUUCCUCACCAUACACAGCGGAACUCUAGGAAUGUACAUGCCUUGGGCUUUCGACAUGGAGCACUUGGCGAAUCGCAACCAAGCCUCCAUGAUGGAGAUACUGAAGCAGGUGGAUCAGGCUCACUGCGAAUGCCCCUUCGGAGCUGCGGGGCGCGAGGUGGGCUAUUCCUGCCCUGGUACCUGCUUAGACUGGGUCUACGACAAGCUGCAGACCCCGUAUGCGUUUGCCUAUGAGAUCUACUUUGGAGGCGACCUGGACUCCCUCCGGCAGCGCUGGGAGGACAUUGCCAGCACAAGAGUAUUGGCACAUGCACAGGCGCAGAGUUUGGCCCAUGAGCACUUCAAGGACGUGUUCACGGAUUUCCCCUCCAGCUUCAUCCAGGACUUGGGGCUUUACAAACUCCAGGGCCCAAACUUCUGUGGCUGCUCUGAAAGGAGAUUUCUUAUGUCUGAGCAGCGUGGCAGGUUCAGUCUGCAAGCAAUACGACCAAGAGCAGCACAGAGGCAGUCACUGGCUCCUUCUCUCGCGAUUGGCCCGUGCUACAGUAGACCCAGCAAGCUUGAAUUUUCAUGA